AUGCUGUGUCCUGCCUCUGUUAGUGCAGCAGCAGCUGCGGCUGUGUGGCUGCUGGCAGUGCUAGGCCCAGUCCUGUCUCUUGCAGCUGAGCACAACUCUGAGGCAGACUUCAGCCUCUGCAGCCACUGCUUCUACAGACAGACACCUCCUCGGGGAGCCUCUGCAGGGCCGCUGCUGAGCCCACUCUGCCACAGACUGCCCGGGGGACAGACGUUUGCCACUCUGUCCAAACCGACCUGUGACACAGCUGUCUACUCUGCCUUCCAUCUCAGCUCCGGAGAGGCAGAGAGAGAGGGAGAGGAGGAGGGAGAGCUUGUGGUAAGGACGCAGUUUUCAUGCUUUUUAAAGAAGUACUACCUGUUUUUGAGAGAUGAUAACUUUAGAAAUGAAGCACAGCUUGAUGUUCCAGCAUGCAGGCAGUUACUCAGUAGGGGACAGCGAUCAAGUCUAAUUAAUCACCUACCAUGCUCAAGUACUUCUUGUUCCUUACUGCAGUGCCAGAGUCUGUCAGAUAAAAGCAUCAUUCAUUAGAGGUCUGAGGAGGCACAGAUUUUUUUCUGAUUUAAAAAAGUCAAAGAACAAAAACAAAACAUGAACAGACUUAUGUAAAUAAAAACUCAAUUUUCUUUAAAACCAUUAAUCAUUGAAAAAAUCUCCCGAGAUCUACAGCAUCUUGGUUCGACCAUUUAUAUGUCAUUUUAAAUUGUCACUGUAAAUGAGUAAUUAAACUUACUUUACCUUCAUCUUUGUAAUUAAAAGUGCAUCAAACACAAGGGCUCUUUUUGACUGUAGGUCUGUGGGACUUUAUGAUCCUGUGAGGAGCUUUUAUGUUAAAUUAGCCACCUUCUGUGAACAAAAUGCAAACUUUGAUCUGUACUGUCCUCACAAAAAUCUGUUCCCCUGUCUCAAAACAGUCAAAUGUGUCACAGAUGGAGAAUUUCUGCCAUGCUCAUUCAAACAAAAGGUUGUUUCUGUGGUUUGCUGUCAGUGACUUUGUCCAACCUGUCCCUGCCAGAAGUUUCAGGCAUUAGAAAUUCCUGUGUAAAAAAAGCGAAUCUUCAUGCGAAUGGUCUUGUUUUCUUUCAUACCUCAUUAAGAGGCAUUUCCUUUCAUUUCAGUCUCUUUCAUAACCAACUCAAAGCUCUUUAGUGGGGUCGUAAUCCUGAGAAGCACUUUUGGAUUUGGCACUCACUUUAACAGACAUAAAGCUCUUAGAUCUGUGAUUGUAGACUUAACAACUUACAUAAAGCGCCUGUGAGAAGUUUUUGUGGUUUACUGAACACACUGAAAAAAGUAAACUAGACCUCUAAGUUAAGAUAAAUGAUUUAUUAUUAUUGUCAUAUCCAGUCAAUACAGAAGCGCCAAAAACUGCAGUUCCUCAGGUGUCCACUCGAGGCUGGCAGCAAACGUUCAUGGAGGCACACUGACACUUAUAUCCAGUUUGGUUUGAAGUUUUACUGCAACAUCAAUGUUAACAGACUGAUUCAAAAAAGGGGUUUUGGUCUGAAUGGCUAAUAUCUUCAUAGGUACAUGCUGUGCAGGGAUGGAGUUUUGAUAACACUUAGAUGAACCCUCCUUUUGUAAUGCAUCAUAAAAACAUUAUAAAUGCACAUACAAGGCUGUAUAACAAUCCUGAUAAACCAUACUUUUACAAGGCAUUAUGCUCACUGCUUAAAAUACUCCAUUAAGAUUGCUGUAAGCUGUUAUGAACGCUUAUUAUUAUUAUAACUCAUAAGGGUUGAAAUAAAGGCUCAUGAAUUCUUCUAUAAGGGUUAAUAAAUGUGCUUAUGAUGCAUUAUAAUAAGUGGGCUUAUAUAAAGUGUUACUGAUCUUUAAAAACUCAUCUGUUCUGACAUGCUCAUACAAAGAGUAAUGCACAGAUUUGCAUGUAACCAUUUGCUAGGAGGCAUACUAGCUGCCUCAGCUCCUUGUCCUUAAAUUAAAAAUUAUUUCUAAAACAGCACCAAACUUUGACUGGCUUCGGACCUGCUUCUCAGAUAUAAGCAGGUGACGUUACUGAGACCACAACCAUGUUUUAUGCAGGGUGAGAUUAUUUGUUAAAAACUCUACUUUUAGAAAUUAGAGGUGUGUUUUUCCUGAGAAAAGCUGCACAAACUUGAAGUUCCACACAAAAUCCGUAAACUUCUCUCACGAUUGUGUUUUAAAGGGCAAACAGCAGCAACAAUUAGUAACAAAAGAGAAAAGCAUUCACAAACUGGUGUUGAUGUGUAUAAGCUGUGUUAAAGUGGGGUAAAUUUAGCAAUCAUAUGCAUGGAUUCUAACACAGUUUCACACUUUGAAUUCAGGAAGAAGAUGAAAACACCAAGGCUGUAGCUCCAGCUCUACUUAAAGGAGGCGUGGAUCCAUCUGAUGCUGCCUCACUCACAGACUCCCCACUUCAGCACUGGGAUUUAACAGUCACAACACUGGUCCAGUCAAGCUUCAUUCCAAAGUGCAGUGCUGUAGGCGGAGAGCUCUACAUCCUGACCGGGGCAGGAAGUCUCAGGGCCACUAAGGACGGAGAAGAGGAGUGUCAGACACUGCCGCUGUGGUCUGCAGUAUGCUGCUCAGUCCCAGAGGGGAAGAGUGGCUUCAGUGUGGGGUUAAUCAAAGAGACAGAGGAAGGAGAGAGGCAAGUGAGUGUGAAGGAGCUGGAGGAGACCCUCGGAGUGGAAGAGCUGUUCUCAGAGGGCUGUAAAGGAUCAGACGGAGGGAUCCUUGGACUCAUAGCAGGGCUUUUCAGUGCAUCAGUCACUGAAAACAUAGUUGAAGUGAAUGCUGAUCUUACUGAUGAAAACACGGGGGCUGAAGAUUUAGAGUCAAACACUGUUGUUCAAACUACUGAAGAAGGGGAGGUUGCUUCGGAUACAAAUGGGUACGACACAAACAAGGGCGCUGAUGAAAGCGGAGAGGCACAGACAGCUGAAGAAGAGGAGAUUAAUUCAGAUACAACAAGCCAGGUCUUAAAUGAGGAUGUGCAGGAAAUCAGAGAGGCACAGACUGCAGAAGAAGAGGAGGUUAAUUCGGAUACAACAAGCCAGGUCUUAAAUGAAGACGUCCAGGAAAGCAGAGAAGCCCAGAGUGCUGAAGAAAAGGAGGUCAGUUCAGAUAAAACAAGCUGGUUCUCAAAUGUAGACGUCCAGGAAAUCAGAGAGGCCCAGAGUGCUGAAGAAGAGGAGGUUAGCUCAGAAACAGCAAGCCAAGUAUUAAAUGAAUAUGUGGAGGAAAGCAGAGACACACAGACUGCUGAGGAUCAUGUGACUGCAGUUGUUGGUCAGCAAGAGGAGGAAGAUGAUUCUGCUGAUGUCAAACAGGAAACUUCACCUGAGACGGCGGCUUCUGAGAGCAGGGAUGAAAAGCAGGAAGCCGACACACACUCAAGAAGUGUCAGAGCCAAGUCUUCUGAGUCCUCUGAGUCUUCUGAGUCCCCAGCUAUUGAUGAAACAGUUGAUGAACAAGAGACUGACACAAAUUCCAGCAGCACUGUGCUCUACAUCCUUUCUACCACUUUAUCCAUCAUGAAAGCUCCACUGCGGCCCGUGUUCUCCACCAUUUCACAGAUACCUGGACAGGUGAUGCAAACGACUCAACCAUGUGGUCAUAGUCUUGUUUUAAUAAGAGUUACUCCAGGAAAUUAGUAUCAAACUUUUUUAAGACUCAUACCAAAUGAGGCAUUUCAUAUUUAAUCAUUAAUUAAAUAAUUUAUUUGUGAUUACUAGAACUCUGCUAAAUAUUUGAUUAAAAGUUUCACACUAAAUAAGAUGAAAUAAAAAGAAACAAGUUUAAAAAAGAUAGCCCAAACACAAUUAUCACAGAUGAGUCAGAGAGAUGUUCCACGUAUUUCUAAGUUAUAUGAACAGAUAUUUAAAGUCAGAGUAACCUACUGGUUUAAGUGCGAAAAUAGUCAAAAAAAACUGUUGAGCACAUGCGCAAGUUGCUUAAAAAAACUACAGCACAUCUGUGGGCAAAUAAAGUGAUUUUCUGACUGUGGCUAAUGUUAGCAGAGCUAGCACCACAAGCCUUCAGUCUUUCUUGCAGGUUAAAGUCCACUUGCCUGCUCUGAUUUCUUCAGUGGUUAUACGUCAGUCUAAGUUGACAUAGACUAAAUACAACUUUAUCUUCAUUUUCUAGAUCAAAUCAAAGCUUCACCACUCUGUGCCAAAAGAUACCGGCUGUUAUCAGUGCUUGUUUACAUUCAGGAAGUGGAGCAUUAAGGGACUGUGACAGUAACCAUUAACUGGAGUUGUAGCCCCAACUAGUGGCAGUUUAGACACAACAUAAGACUAGCAUUUUGGGUUCACAAAAGUACAAUUAUCUGCAAAACCAUGUAGUAGUUCUGGUGCAGACUAAGGAGGGUGAUUACAUUAUGAUUGAGGGGAAUUAAAGCUCUUAUAAAGGGUUUUUUUAUGCUUGUGACUAGAACUCAUAUUGAUGCCUUAUUGUGAUAUCUCAAAGCAAAUAAGACCAUGAGGGACAAGAAUGACAAUUUUAAUGCUGUCAUUUGUAAUGCCUGAAACUGGUGUGAAGUGACAGUUGUGCACAUGAAGGAACGGCCCUGUUUUUAAAAUUUCCACAAUAAUUAUUCACAUCAUAUGAUACAUUUGACUGUCAGAAUGCAUCAGGAUGAGUUUUUUUCUUUUUGUACCUAAGUGAGUAGAGGACAAUAUAAGCAAAAACUGCUUUGUCCACAGGGGGCGACAAAGUUGACACAAACUGAAAGUUCCUGACCGCACCUUUAACACAGACAUCGACAAUUAGCAGUAACAACAACAGCAGAGAUUUUUUACUGCUAAUUGAUUGCUCCUUCAUUGGAGUCUACUUUUUAAGUUAUUGGUCUAUAUCUUUAUUAUUUAUUUCUUUUUUUGCUUUUCUUUAAUACAACAGCAGAGGAGAGUAAGGAGUCAUUAGGUGGAACAAAAACCUGCCUCUGAUGAUCAGACUCUAAGUACAUACAGUAGGCUUUAAGCAAAUAGUGAAAUAAAACAAAGAUAAACUUUUCAAAUUAAUCUUUUUUAUACUAUACCAAAUCACAACAAAUGUUGUCUGUCUUUUACAUAGAGGAGUAGAUGUGCCACGUGCUCUUUUUAAUGUUAUUAACAGAGGCCCAACAUUGAGGGUCAUGUUUGUGAGUUUGUAUGAGUCAUUCCUUAAAUCUCCUCUCUAUGGAAUGAAGCAGCCCAGAAGGACAUUAGCUGAUUACUUACUGUCAUGUCAUAUCAUUAUCUGUAUUUAUAUAUCCCACUGAAGAAGUAAUGUUUUGUCCUUUCUUCACUCAGGUGCUGUACGUUCUUCAGGAAGACCUUGGAGUUCUGUCAACCCUUCCUGGAGACACCUUCUCUGUCUUUCACCUCUUGACCUCUGACAUCUUAUCCUGGUUUGGCUCAGCUGGAGACAUGGUGCUUGGAAUCGGGGAAGGCUUCUUCUGCAGUGCCUACUACUGCACCUCUUCCAUGCUUGACGCCCUGUACAUUCACUGCCACACGGGGGUCACCGGCAUGGGGACUCUGGCUGGGGACACUGUGGGGGUAUUUGGUGGUGUGCUGGAUAAAACGUGGUGGGUGACAAAGUUUUUUGGAGGGCGGCUGUGGGAGCACAGUGAGGGGUAUGUAGGAACAGUAGUGUCAGAGAUGGGGGGUCAGGCCCAAGCUUUAGGUGGUGGGGUUGGUAAACUGGCACAGAGCAGUGGGAAUGGGAUGGGUAGGGUGCUCUGGGUGGGAUGGAGAAUACUCAAGGGGAUGUUGGGUAUGUUUAUUGGUGCAAUGAAAGGAGCUUUUGGAGGAGAGUCUGAGUAGGAAGCGGAGGAAAGUUCAAACCCUUCUUGGCACCAUUGUUAACAAACUUUCCAAAGGUUUCCUAUAAGGUUGGACGGUGUAAUUCUUCAGCACAUAAAAAAAGGGUAGAGAAAGGGCAAACGUUUUUUCAGUGUGGUGUCAUGUGAUAUGCCUUAUCUGUUGUAGAAGGAUUCAAUGAAAUUCUUAUUUCUUAAACUGCAGGUCUUCAUUCACUGUUGCUGGCUUCCCAAUAAUCCCCUGUAUUUGAGCUGGGAUUUGUGAUGCAACUGUGAUUUUACAAACACUGUGCACAAGGCUUUUGGAUGUAACCUUUACAUUUGAUUCUUGAAUGAUGAAUGUUGAUAAAUGUUUGCUUACACGUUUGUUUGAAUUAAAAAGAUGUUUGGCUUAUUUUGCUGUUUUUGUUGUCAUACUUUGUGUGCAAAGUGGUUCACCCAUCAAAACAACAUUAAAACACAAGUACUUUUUCCAUCAUUGGUCACUUAUACAAAGACUGACAAAAGUAUGAUAAAGAUUAUAUGUAAGGAUCAGACCGAGACACUAAGGCAGAAGAGCUACCACUUCUGCAAUGAUUAACAUGAUGAUUAUUACUCCAAGGAAAUGAUAAAGUAAAGAUCAUAAAUGUUCUUCCUUGAGCUGCGUCACCCCACUGCAGUCCGUAAUGGACUGGCCCAAGGUCUCCCUACAAACAAACAGCUGCUGGAAGAGAGUAGGUAAGUUGUGUUUAUUCUCUUUGCUAAAGCAAUCAGGCAAAGCUAAAAAGAUAUUUGGUGUGUGAUGUUAGUGCUGUGGCUGGGACCCUAUAUGUACUGUUAAUGAAGUUAGGUGCUGUUCUGAGCAUUAUUUGUGGCUAUAAAGUAACGUAUUGGUUGAGGUUUGUAUGUGGCUCCUGAGACCGCUGUGUAUUGCCAUUGUGUGGUCGUUACUAAAUUUGGUAUAACUAGAGAACAAAGCGGUCAGCAACAUUUAUCACUUGACGGGGUGUCUAACUCAGUGUUAUGGUGUGUUUGACCCUAAAUUAUUUUAUGCCGGAAUAUCCCUUUAAGUUAUGCUCUAACUGGAGAACUGGAGAAUGCUGGAGUGAGAUUUAGCGGCACGCCUCUCCACCACUCCACCCACAGGACCAUCCUCCCCCCUCCAAACCCCCCAAAUCGCCCCAAAUCCCCCAAAAAGCAACGUGCCCCUCCUCUUCCCCCACGACAAGGAGUACUGCAGCAUCCUCUCCCUCAGCGUGAUAAGAGCACAGGACUAACAGUGAGGAACACAUCGUUCUCAAUGAGCUCUUGCUGAUAUGUUUUGGGUCCAGGCAAGGAUAACUAUAGUUAUAUCUCUUCCCAGGACAGCCUGCGGCCCGAUGAGAUAACGCCACCAAUCCCAGUCAUAAUAAGUAAUAGACAUUCUAAUCUGCCUAAAAACAGAAGGCAUCUAACUAAGAAUUUAUCAAACUUAGUCUCCAUCCCCCGUCAGCCCAUCAUGAAAACCAGUACAGAAAAUUUCUCUAGCACACUACACUCAGCUCUUUUAAAUGUCAGAUCUUUAGCUGGAAAAUCAUUCUUAAUCAACGAUCUUAUCAUCAAGCACAAUCUCAACUUAAUGUUUUUAACUGAAACCUGGUUAGGACAAGAUAACAGUGCAACUGUACUUAUUGAGUCAGCCCCCCCUAACUUCAGCUUUAUGAGUGAAACGAGGAAGCAUAGAAAAGGAGGUGGAGUAGCUAUUCUAUUCAAGGACUCAAUGCAAUGUAAACAGAUGUACUACGGGAAUUUUCCUUCCUUUGAAUAUGUGGCCUUCCAGUUGAACUCUGCUACUAGAGCAAUAUUCCUUAACAUCUACAGACCUCCUAAAUACUGUGUGAAUUUCUUUGAUGACUUUACUGAAUUGCUGUCUAUAAUCUGUAUUGACUUUGACUGUGUAGUGAUUGUUGGUGAUUUUAACAUUCACGUUGACAACCCCCAGGACAGAGGCACCAAAGAAUUGUGCUGUCUCCUUGAUAACUAUGGUUUGACCCAACAUGUAACAGAGCCCACACACAAUAGAGGUCACACUCUAGACCUAAUUAUUUCCAAGGGCCUGAACAUACCCAAAAUCAUGGUUACUGAUGUUGCUAUUUCUGAUCACUCCUGUGUGUUUUUUGAGAGUACUAUCUCUAUGUUAUUCACCACUGCUCAGACAGAGGUAAUCACCAAGCGGCUUAUCACUGACAACACCAGUGAAAUAUUUAAUCAGGCUUUGACUCCUCUCCCAGCUCUCUCACGGCUCUCGGUCAAUGAGCUUGUAGAAGACCUUUGCUCUAGAAUCACAAAUGUGAUGGAUGCCAUUGCGCCCACCAAGGUGAAAAUAGUCUCUGGCAAGAAAAGAUCUCCAUGGAGGAAUGCCGCGCUGGUCAGAGCUGAAAAAAGAGAGUGUCGGAAAGCCGAACGCAGAUGGCGAAAGACAAGCCUUCAGGUUCACUAUCAGAUCUAUAAAGAGAGACUUCGUAUCUUUAACCUAGAACUAAGAAAUGCUAGACGAUCCUUCUUCUCAGACAUCAUCACCAAAAACAAAAAUAAUGCACGCGCCCUAUUUACCACAGUCGACAGGCUAACAAACCCUCCAGUAUCAGUAGCCUCUGAAUUUCUGUCUGCUAAGGCUUGUAAUGAAUUUGCCUCCUUCUUCAAUAACAAAAUCCAGAAAAUUAGACAAACAGUCAGUAGCUCAAUAUCCGGUACAGGAUAUGUGUUGUCCAUAUGUACUAACCCCAGUAGCAUGACACAAUUCAACCCGAUCAACAUUAAAACCCUGGAGGACAUCAUACUAAAUCUGAACUCCUCCACCUGCUGCCUUGAUAUUCUGCCAACAGGUUUCUUUAAAACAGUUUCUAAUUGCAUGGCCUCAGAUCUUCUACAGAUUGUCAACAUGUCACUUCUGUCAGGUGUCUUUCCACAGGCCCUGAAAACUGCUGUCAUAAAGCCUCUCCUAAAAAAAAAGCAACCUAGACAACUCAGUAAUGAACAAUUAUAGGCCUAUAUCGAACCUCCCGUUUUUAAGCAAAAUCAUUGAAAAAGCAGCCUUCCAACAGCUUCACAACUUCUUAGUCCUAAACAAUUGUUUUGACGUUUUCCAGUCAGGGUUUCGACCGCAUCACAGCACUGAGACUGCUCUUAUCAAAGUCUUUAACGACAUCCACUUAAACUCAGACAAUGGCAAAAUUUCAGUCCUAGUAUUGCUCGAUCUCAGUGCCGCUUUCGACACGGUUGACCACAGCAUCCUACUCGAUCGACUGGAAAACUGGGUGGGACUUUCUGGAACAGUACUAAACUGGUUUGCAUCCUACUUAAAGGAUAGAGACUACUUUGUGUCUCUAGGUAAUUACACAUCAGAGCGAACAAAAAUGACAUGUGGGGUUCCCCAAGGCUCCAUUCUGGGGCCACUCCUGUUCAACAUUUACAUGCUCCCUCUAACUCAAAUCAUAGCAAACAACAAAAUAUCUUACCAUAAUUAUGCAGACGACACACAGAUUUACAUAACCAUGUCGCCAGGUGACUACAAUCCAAUACAAACACUGAGUCAGUGUAUUGAACAAAUCAACGAUUGGAUGUGUCAGAAUUUUCUUCAACUAAACAAAGAUAAAACUGAAGUAAUUGUAUUUGGAGCAGAAGACGAGCGAUUAAAAGUCUGUGCUCAGCUUCAAUCGAUAAUGUUAAAAAGCACAAACCAAGCCAGAAACCUUGGUGUUGUCAUGGACUCAGACCUGAAUCUUAACAGCCACAUAAAGACAAUUACAAAGUCAGCCUACUAUCACCUGAAGAAUAUAUCAAGGGUCAAAGGACUGAUGACCCAGCAGGAUUUGGAAAAGCUUGUCCAUGCAUUUAUCUUCAGCAGACUUGACUACUGUAACAGUGUCUUCACAGGUCUCCCCAAAAAAUCCAUCAGACAGCUCCAACUGAUUCAGAAUGCUGCUGCUCGAGUCCUCACUAAGACCAAGAAAGUAGAUCAUAUCACCCCAGUUCUCAGAUCUUUACACUGGCUUCCCGUCUGUCAAAGAAUUGAUUUUAAGAUACUAUUGCUGGUUUAUAAAGCACUGAAUGGAUCAGGACCAAAAUACAUUUCUGAUAUGCUGAUACGUUACGAACCAUCCAGACCGCUCAGAUCAUCAGGAGCAGGUCUGCUCUCUGUCCCCAGAGUCAGAACUAAACGUGGAGAAGCAGCUUUUAGUUUUUAUGCUCCUCAUAUCUGGAACAAACUCCCUGAAAACUGUAGGUCUGCUGAAACUCUCAGCUCUUUUAAAUCACAGCUGAAAACGCAUAUGUUUGCUGUGGCCUAUCAUUAAAUCAAACCUGAGGCCUUUAAUCAACAUCUUCAUCGUCUGCCUGUCUUGAUCUUUUUUUUUUUCUAUCUCUCCAAUCUAACCUUUGUUUUCUUUUAUCUCCAAUCUUAUUUUAGCUUUGAAUGUAACUUUUAAUCUGUUAAAUGUCUUUUACGCUGUUUUUACUUUUUAAAUUGUGUUGAAUGUUUUGCCUGCUUGUUUCAUGUAAAGCACCUUGAAUUGCCCUGCUGCUGAAAUGUGCUAUACAAAUAAACUUGACUUGACUUGACUUGACUAACUGCACCCACAAAAAGAAAUGAUAUAGGAAUGAAGAUAUCAGAAACUAAACCAAUCCCAUCAUUCGUUUAUGCCAUUAGUCAACCAUAAAUGUUUUCAGGCACAGAAUAUAAUCUAUGUAUGUUAAUAAAAAAUGUUGGACGUCUUGGGUGCCAUGCAACAAAUGUGGGCACUGACCCCGAUAAAACAAUUAAUUCAUUCGUUCGUUCGUUCAUUCAUUCAUUCAUUCAUUCAUUCAAGUAGGGACGUGUGGAUGUAUGUAAGCUUACUAAAUGGAUUCACUAGACUAUUGUGGGAUAAUUUUCAUAUUUACUACUUUAUUUGAAUAGUUUAUUUUAUGUUUCUAAAAAAAAUCGAUCUGAAAAUUACAUUUUAAAAAAAAUUAGCGACUUCCGUUUUGUACCGGAUGCGGCGAAUCAAACCCGGAACCCGUUGUUGGCUCCAGUUGCAUCAGACGGUGGUGGAGCGGAGAGGACUCAUGUGGCUUUGCUGUGCAUGCUAAUCUAAGCUGACGUCUCUCAGUUUCAUUCAACGGUAUGGGCAACUUGUCGUGAAUAUUUUUCAGUAACAUAUCCCAGGCUCUUAAACUCUAGUUUUAAAAAGGACAUUCAAAGAAAGGUCAUUUAUGUGAACACGUGUAGGGCUGGCAUGCACUUUAAAACCGGGUUGUAGUUGUAGUUUGUCUCGCUAGGGCUAACUAGCCUUCUUGGCGUGACUUUUGUUAAGGCUUUGACAGGUGGCACAGAUCAGCUUUGUCGGUAGAGACAUAGAGAGCUCAGCUGACUCUUAUAAAAGGUAGUAAAACUUACAUAGAGAUGUUUUCUAAAUUAAUUUCAAUGCAAUUUGUUUGCAAACUACGCACCCUUCUUAAAGUCUUCAUGAAAGUCUGUUUGGAUCCAAAGCAGUAUGGUUCGCAAACACACCCACUCCACUGUUGUCAGCCAGCUACAGAGUGUCUUUGUUCGUCUGACAGACAGACCUGUUCUGCAAAACUAUGAACUGUGAUCAGAAAGCAAAUAUGCACUGAUCAAAACAACAACAUCUUUGUGUGUCUCUGCAGAGAUGGCCACUCUCUACGUGUCCCCUCACCCUGAUGACUUCAGGAGCCUCCUGGCUCUGGUGGCUGCAGAGUUUUAUCCAUUCUCCAACCUGAACAUCAUCACAGAGGACCCUCCAGAAUCCCUGAAUACUCACUCCAGACCGGCUCUGGUGCUGGGUGAAGCUGACGCUGUCUUGACUGGGGCCACUGCUGUGUCCUGGUACCUGGCCUCACAGGGGAAGAGGACUGGAUUAAGCACAAAGCAGCAGAGCCAGGUGUGGCAGUGGCUUAGCUUUGCUGACAAUGAGCUCACCCCGGUGUCCUGUGCAGUGGUCUUCCCUCUGAUGGGGAUGAUGGGACUGGAUAAGAAGGUAAGUGGAGUUUCUGUACACUUAGAUAUGUGUGAUAUUGUCUUUUGAAGUCAUUUUUAAAAAAGAUUUAUUUUCUCAGCUCCAGCAGAGUUCACGUGCAGAGCUGAUGCGUGUCCUUAAGGUUCUCGACAAAGCGCUGGAACCAAGAACCUACUUGGUGGGACAGAUCAUGACUUUGGCUGAUAUGGCUGUAGCUGCAGCUGUGCUUCUACCUUAUAAAUAUGUAUGUAUGAUGUGAAGUACUUUGUUGUGUUACAGGUUUUUCUGCCUUGUUGUAGAUUGUUAGAUAUAUGUAUAUCUGAGAAGUUCUCGAUAACUUUGAAAGUAUUUUCUAUUUGUAUUUCUUUAGGUGUUGGAGCCGACAGACAGGAAGGUCUUGACCAAUGUCACCAGAUGGUUCACAACCUGCAUAAAUCAGCCCAGGUUCUUGAAGGUGUUUGGGAAGAUCACUCUCUGCGAAAAGAUGGUGCCGGUUACACCCAAAACAAAAGCUGCUGCACCUGUUGCAAAAGCUAAAGCUGCCAAGACCAGUCCUGCAAAUGAAACUGAUAGUGCAAUAACUAAUGGUGAGAAAGGAAUAGUCAACAGUUAAUAUAUAUUUAUUCUGUUUCAGGGAACCCUUCACUUAUCUUCUGUACAUCUCUCUUAGGUCCACCAAAGACAGAAGCCCAGCUGAAGAAGGAGGCAAAGAAGAGAGAGAAGCUGGAAAAGUUUCAGCAAAAGAAGGAAAUGGAGGCCAAGAAAAAGACUCAGCCUACAGCAGAGGUAUGGAGACUUUACUUCUUCAACUUUAUAUUCUUUUAAGAUAUUUGCCUAACUUUAGAAAACAGAAUUGUGGCAAAUAUCAAGACUUCACUUUCAUAGCACGACCACUAGGUAUCAAGUCACAGUUGUUUUUCUGUUUUUGUUUUAUAGAAAAAGGCCAAACCUGAAAAGAAGGAGUUAGGAGUGACCACAUACACUAUUUCCACCGCUCCUGGGGAGAAAAAAGGUGCUAAAUCUGUGUGUGUGGGUAUAAGUCAUUUUGUUUGAGUGUUUUUACCUUUAGCCAAUCCUGUUUCUUUUCUCUUCUCAGAUGUCAACUGUCCACUUCCUGACUCCUAUAGCCCCCAGUAUGUCGAGGCUGCCUGGUACUCAUGGUGGGAGAAGCAAGGAUACUUCAAGCCAGAGUAUGGGGUAAGGGCGACAGUCACACAAACAAACAAGAAGUCAAAGUUCUUCUUGGACGUUCCAGUUUUUAAUAGUUAUACGUUUUGUGUGCAGAGGAAGAGUAUCAGUGAGAAAAACCCUCAAGGCAUCUUCAUGAUGUGUAUCCCACCUCCUAAUGUGACUGGAUCUCUUCACCUGGGUCAUGCUCUCACCAAUGCCAUCCAGGACAGUUUGACCAGAUGGUAAAGACCACAGGACCACUGUAUCACUACUCUUUCCAUCCUUGUUGAGAUGAGGAAGCCCUGUGUUUAAAUUGGCAUGUGCUGCCCCCCGUCUAUUCAGGCACAGGAUGCGAGGAGAGACCACCUUGUGGAACCCGGGCUGUGACCACGCUGGUAUUGCCACCCAGGUAGUGGUGGAGAAGAAGCUGAUGAGAGAGAAGGGUAUGAGUCGUCAUGAUCUGGGCAGGGAAAACUUCAUCCAGGAGGUCUGGAAAUGGAAGAACGAGUAAGUGACAGACUCUAUAAAGGAGACGUGAGAGAUUUGAGCUAGGAUAAACACUGGGAAAAAAAAGCCCCUGCAAUAAAUUUGUCUCUUUGCCUUUAAAGGAAGGGAGACCGCAUCUACCACCAGCUGAAGAAGCUUGGCUCCUCUCUAGACUGGGACAGAGCCUGCUUCACGAUGGAUCCUGUGAGUUUUACCAAAACCCCUGAACUAGUCGAUAUUGAAUAUAAGACAAUCUGCUCGUUAUCACAUCUCUCCCUGUUACUCUGUGUGUCCAGAAACUUUCCUAUGCAGUGCAAGAGGCCUUUAUCCGCAUGCAUGAGGAGGGGGUGAUCUACAGAAGCAAGAGGCUGGUCAACUGGUCCUGCACACUCAACUCCGCCAUCUCUGACAUAGAGGCAAGCAUUUAGGAUCAGUGACUCUGAAAGUAGUUACAGAGUGAUAAAAACCCUUCUGUCCAACAUCUGAGCAUCAAUUGAAUAUCACAUUUAGGGGUCCAAAACUCUGCAAUGGUUUAGAUGUGUGUCUGAGGUCAUUAUCAUCUUUCACAUCCUUUAGAAAGUUACUGAAAAAAACACUGUAUGUCAUAACCUUUAUUAUUUAUUUCCCCUGAUGUUAACUAUGCAUCCAUCUUCCUUUCUUUGUUGUUUAUGUUUUAAAGUUUCUCUAUGUUGCACUGUAGAUUUUAUUGUUUAUCUUGAAUUUUUCUGUUUUACUUCUUAUUGUUUAUCUUGAGUUUCAUGUAGUUCAUAGAUAAUGGGAGUGGAACUUCGUACAAGCCCUCCAGGCAUUCCCUCCUUGCACUGUUUUUCUUAACUUGUGCUAAGUAAAUAAAUCAAAUCAAAUAUAGACUUCAGGGCGAUUUACAGUGAAAUCUGAGCUUCUUUAUCUGUCAGCCUGAUCUUCCCUUUGCCAAUAAAAUGCAAAAAUAGGCAAAAACAUCAUUUCUGUAUGUGUGCAGCUACUGCAUUUAUAAAUAAUGAUUUAAACUUCUAUCAUACACCCCCAGGCUUAAUCUGUUUACAUGGUGUUGGAUCUAAACUGCUUUGUAAGCAGCAGCUAUGCCGGGAUCUCUCAACUUAGUCAUGUUGUUUGUUUGCAGGUGGAUAAGAGGGAGCUGACUGGCAGGACUCUGCUGCCUGUUCCUGGUUACAAAGAGAAAGUAGAGUUUGGAGUGUUGGUGUCUUUCGCCUACAAAGUAGACGGUUCAGGUGUGUGAGCUCAAAGAAGGCAAAAUACUUCAGAUCCAAACACCAUGUUCGGAUUUAAUAACACUGUUCUUCUUGCUGUUCCGUAGACGAGGAGGUGAUUGUGGCAACAACUCGUAUUGAGACUAUGCUGGGAGACACUGCUGUAGCUGUUCACCCUGCUGACCCCAGAUAUCAGCAUCUGAAGGGGAAAACAGUGCUACAUCCCUUCUGUGACCGCAAGAUGCCCAUUGUGUUCGAUGACUUUGUGGACGUGAACUUUGGAACAGGUAGACAUAGUUACAAGGAGGGACAAUCUGUCUGUGAAUGUGCAGCGUGCUGAGAAUGAGGAAUCAUAACAAGUCGUUAAGCCAGGGCACUUUCCCUAUUACAGCUGUCGUCCUUUUUUCUUCCCUCUGCCUCUCCUCUCCUUCUGCAACAUUUUCUGCUCAGGUGCUGUCAAAAUCACCCCGGCUCAUGACCAUAAUGACUAUGAGGUUGGAGUGAGACACAAUCUGGCCUUCAUCAACAUCUUGGAUGAGAAUGGCCUGCUCAUUAACGUGCCUCCUCCAUUCCUGGUAUAGUGUCUCAUUAUAAUUCCUUCCCCUGCAGUGAAUGCAUUUCCACUCUGACAUCAAAAGUCAAGCGUCCUCAAAGUUUUCUUGUUGUUGCAGUUUUAUUCCGUCAUUUUUCAGUUUUAACUAUUCUGUCCAUCCCUUCAGGGCAUGAAGCGCUUUGAGGCCAGGAAGGCAGUGCUGCAGGCGCUCAAGGACAGAGGCCAGUUUAAAGAGAUCAAGGAUAACCCUAUGGUGGUCCCAGUCUGCAGGUAAAGUCUGACAAGGGUUAUUUGUGUUCGAGAUCUUUUCAUUCUCUUCAGGGUUUACCUUUAAUCCUUACUUCGUACCUAUCAGUCGUUCCAAGGACAUCGUGGAGCCGCUGCUGAAGCCUCAGUGGUAUGUGAACUGCACAGAAAUGGGCAAGCAGGCUGCAGAUUCUGUCAGAGAGGGACGGCUGAAAAUCAUCCCUGACCACCACCUCAAAACGUGGUUCAACUGGAUGGACAACAUCAGGUAGUCGUGUUUCUCUUCUAGACAUGUAAUUUUAAUAAUCAUACUUGUUUGUUUACAUUGAGUAGACUAAGUAGUUGUGGCCACUUAUUAUAGUUGUGUAUGGUGUUAUCAUAAAUAUCUUUUUUUUUAUACUUUAUUUUUAUGAUUAGAUGUUUUUACAUUAAACAAGCAGCGAAAGGAAAGUAUCAAAGAAGGCAGCAGACAGGGUCGUUACAGGCUUAAAAUGCAAUAACUCACAAAAAUGUUCGUUUCCAAAAUGUAAAUCCAAAGCUGGGCUGUGGGGACACAUUUAUUUAUACAUCAGAUCCAACACAAAUUAAAGAAUGUGACAUCUGUACAGGAUAAGACAAGCACUUUCAGUUAAUUAAAUUUGUGUAAGAUUUCCAGGGUUCCCAAUACCUCUUAAACUUAGCACUGGCGUAUCUCAGGGAAAAUGUCAAACGCUCCAUAAUAUAAAUCUCCCCUAUGAUCUCUGUCCAUUCCGAAAUAGAUGGCGGGUCCUUGCUGAGCCAUUUUCUGGUUAUUGCUUUUUUCCAACCAACCAGUAGAAUCUAUAUCAAGUACCUGUCUUAUUUCCUCAUGGUUUUUGGUAAAUUCCCCAAGUAAAUAAGACUGAAAGAGCGCUCUAUAUCUGGACCUAGGAUUGAAGUGAUUUCUUGUAUCGCAUAUUCCCAAAAUGGUGAAAGUGCAGGACACUCCCAAAAAAUGUGGAAAUGUCCUGUAGAUAUAUUACUACACAUCCUCCAACAGUGACCAAGCUCGGGCCUGUUAGUCUGGGUAUCAUAACUAUCUUAGAGUGUAGGGGAAAAUAUAGACAAUAGAUUUGCAAAAACAGACUUAAUGGCCUGUUUUUGCAGUGUGUAUUGUCUGUAUUUUCCCCUACAAAAGAUGUAGUUUAAACUUUAGACACUGAUAUAGAGGGAAUAUUUUGAUCUUCCUUUUAAAGAUCCUUACAGUUGUAGGGCUGCAGCAAGAGAUGAUUUUGAUAUAUUAGCAGGUGAUUUUUUUCUUGAUUUUUAUCAGUGUUUUAAUUAGAACUUUAAGUCUGAGUUGAGUCGAAGUGGUCCAUGUUUGAGUCUAGUCAAAUCCAAAAAAAACUUAGGUUGAGUCAAAGUCCAGUCCCCAUUAUCGAGUCCUCAGAAGUUCAUAUACCCAGUCGUGUGUAGAAGUGCAUUUCAUUUAUUGCCAUCAGAUUCUGUUGGAUGCUGAAAUCAUCAAAGCUGCGUGUUGUGUGUAGACAGUUAGACUUUGUAUUGUGUACUGAUGUGCCAUAACGCUGAUAUAUGUUUGUUUCCAAAGUUUCUGCGGUGAAGUAUUUUUUAAGUUUGUUAUAAAACAGACUGGAAUUUACAAUGAUGCUUGUAUAUGACCUACAAAGCAGAUAACACUGUCAGGGAAAAAGAUUGAUUAUUUCUAUAGUUAUUUUUAAUACCUAGAACUGCUGCCAUGAGGUGGGUGUCAGUCGAAAUGAGUAAUUGCAUGCUGCCAAAACAGCCUUUUUUCAAUUUCUGCAGCAAAGAUUCUCGAUGAGUGAUGCAUACGACUGUUCAAAGAAAGCAGGAUGAGAUUAUUGAAAAAAUGUACCGAGCAAAAUUAGCAGAAAGAAAAGGAACUGUUUUUUUCCACUGUCACUAAAACUGACAAACCAAAAGUUCUUCAUUGUGAGGCUAUUAGUCCUUCAAAAUAACAAGUGUGCAUUAAGAUGAUAUCAACACAAGGUUAUGUAUUUUUCAGGUUUAUUUCUCAGAUCAACAAACAUUAGAUUUAACUAACAGACCGACUCCAGGGGCAGUUUCAUCUCCAGAGAUAGAUUAUUUUGAAAAAUCAAGUGCAAGUGUUGAGGUUUCAUCCAUCUCCCCCUCUCUCAGGGACUGGUGUAUCUCCCGGCAGCUGUGGUGGGGUCACCGCAUUCCUGCUUACUUCGUCACUGUCAGCGAUGCCUCUGUGAAACCAGGAGAGGUAGGAUGAUUACUUUUACGAUACUCAAGGUCCGGAGGCUUUCACACGAUAGAUCAAAUCUAUUUAUUAUUCUACCUUUCUUUGUCCAUUUCUGUUAUUUAUUCACCCUGUUUUCUUUUUGUUGUUUUUUUCCUCCAGGACAUGGACGGUCAUUACUGGGUGAGCGGCAGAUCGGAGGAAGAGGCCAGAGAGAAGGCGGCAAAACGCUUCAACGUGUCUGCUGACAAAAUUAGCCUCAGACAAGGUAAGGUCCAACAGCUUUUAACGUAAAGGUCUGAGAAACACGACGGGUCCAAACUUAUCAAAUUACCUCCAUGUUUGCUACAACACAGAUUUGAACUGCCCUCUUAUUCUGCUUCAUAUACAUGCAAAUUGGUAACUUUGCUCGUUUAUUUCAGAUGAGGAUGUUUUGGACACGUGGUUCUCGUCUGGCAUUUUCCCCUUCUCCAUCUUCGGAUGGCCUAAUGAGGUAACAGACUGAGGUCAACCGCCUCUCUACAGACACAAAUGGCACUCUCUUGCAGUUGCUAGUUAGGAGGUAUUCUGCAGAAGGAAGUCUGCCCUAAUGCUGCAAAUAAUGUAUGAAAGAUAGAUCAUAGAUUAGAUUUUUUUUCCACCUAAAUUCAGACAACAUAUUUACUUUUAUUGAUACCUAACAGGUUUAUAUGUAUUUAACGUAGACAUUGUAUUAAGUUGGUCUACAUGGCACUUUUUUGAAAGAAUACAAAAGGUCAAAAAGCAUAUUCUUUCUUUGUGUUGAUUUGAUUCCCAGUUAAGACUCUGGUAAGAAAAAGCUGUCUUGAAAUGCAAAAUAACAAAGCUUUAAACAUGCAAUUCAAACCACGAUUAAUCGCAGUUAACUCUGAAGAUUCUGUGAUUAAUAGCCAUUAAAAAAAUUUAUCAUUCGGCAGCCCUAGUUUAUACUGCCUAAAAAUGUGACUCUCUUGUUCUCUUUCUGUUUUCCUUCAGAACCAGGACCUAAAUGUGUUCUACCCCGGCACUUUGCUUGAAACGGGCCAUGACAUCUUGUUCUUCUGGGUUGCUCGAAUGGUGAUGAUGGGUCUCAAACUGACCGGCAAGCUCCCUUUCAAAGAGGUGAGAGAGGAGGCAAAGCUGCCAAAGAACCCAUCUGCAGGUUUUUAAAGGGGAUAAAUGAUGGUUCACUUCUCAGUAUUUCUGGUGCAGCCAGUGGUGGUAAUAAACAGCUUCUGGCCACGCUGUCCUCCUCGGUCUGCUGUGUCAUCUUCAGUUAGACAGUUAAAAACCUGAGAGGUCAAAUCAAAGUUUUGAAUGGUUCAGCUACACAUGCAUGCAGAUAUUUUAUCAGAUUACUGCUGAUGAGAACCAGGAAGUCAUCUGUUGAAACGUUGGUGAUCAGCACUACUUGGACUGAAAAAAUACCACAAAUAGAAACAAAAAUACAUUCCAUAUCAAACCCCCCUCACCCCUUAGUAAAGAUUCUGUGUUUUUAUGUUGCAGGCCAUGAAAUUUCUUUCAAAAUAUCCAAAAAAUGCAACAUGAAAACAGGAUUAAAUGAGGCUGAUCCUUUUUCAGGUUUAUCUGCAUGCUGUGGUGAGGGACGCACACGGAAGAAAGAUGAGCAAAUCUCUGGGCAACGUCAUUGAUCCUCUGGACGUCAUCACAGGGAUCUCUCUGGAGGUAACAUCCAAUCACGCUUUGAUGAAUGUUCAAAUACACACUCAUAAAAUCUGUCCUCUCUCCCAUUUGGAUUGUCUUUCACAUCGUCACCGCACCCUCUUGCUCCCCAGAGGCCACUGCUGUUAUGUAAGCGUUAUUAAGCACCUUUUUCUGCUUUCAACAAGCUUUUAUUGAGGCCAUCAAUCUCUUUUCCUUCCGGGGAGAAACUGCUCAUCGGGCAGAGCAGAACCUGUCCUCUAGAGGGCACUGAAGGACUUGUGGUGAACCGCUCAGUCCUCCGUACGUGGUCCUUUCAUGCCUGCUCAAUAAAAACAUCAAAUUAACUGAGCGACAAACUAGGGAUUAAUCAACCUAAAGAUAAAAAAGAAAUGAUAAAACACAUUGUCAUAUUGGUACUUAUUCUCCUUCCUCCUACCCUCCAGGGUCUUCAUGCCCAGUUGAUGGACAGCAACUUGGAUCCAGUGGAGGUGGAGAAGGCGAAGCAGGGCCAAAAGUCAGACUAUCCAAAUGGCAUCCCAGAGUGUGGCACAGAUGCUCUCCGGUUCGCUUUGUGUGCCUACACAAGCCAAGGUGAACUUGUUUGUCUUUUCAGUUUUUCUUACUUUGUUUCUUUUUUUCCUUUGACUACUUGGAUGUCAACCUUGGCUUCACAAAAAGACUGAAAACAUUGGAGAAAAGGCCCGUCACUACGCGGCCAGUUCUCCCAGAAUCCGACUAUUUUCAAAAUAUUGACUCUUUUGUACUGACUCUGUGUUCGUCUCCCAGGCAGGGAUAUAAACCUGGAUGUCAACCGCAUUCUGGGUUACCGUCACUUCUGCAACAAACUGUGGAACGCAGUGAAGUUUGCCAUGAAGACCCUGGGAGAUCACUUUGUACCAUCAGAGAAAGCCCAGGUGAGACCAGAGGAGAAGAUGAAGGACGCAGAACAGAAACAUGAACUUCUCCCUCCUCACUCAAAUUCAUCCAGACAGACUUUAACAUUUCGACCAAGUAGUAUUAAGCAGAUCAGAUUUUUUGGGAGUGGGUUGUUUACCGUGUUUGCCUGUUGGGUGUAGUUCCCUCAUGUUUUUCCCUGCUUUGUAUUCAUACGAUUGUACACAUUGACAUUCAGGAAGUACAUGGGAGUUGUGUUCACUGAAUCUGAACGUUCCUCUUUCUCUCAGUUGUGUGGUGAGGAGAGCGUAUCAGACAGGUGGAUCCUGUCUAGACUGUGCGCAGCUGUCGCUCUCUGUGAUGCCGGCUUCAAGGCUUACGACUUCCCCGCAAUCACGACCGCCAUCUACAACUUCUGGCUGUACGAGCUGUGUGAUGUGUAUCUGGUAAGACCUUAAAGCAGCUCCGGCUCACUCACCUUUGCAUGUAAAAAAUGUAAUGUAUUCGCACCCCUGGCCAGCUCAGAACCUUCCUGCUUUUACCUCUCGCUCUUCUUCUCGUCCCCCAGGAAAGUGUGAAACCAGUCUUCAGUAAAGCUGACGAAGACAGCAGCAGCCAGAGACAGGCCCUGGUGUGCAGACAAACUCUUUACACUUGUUUAGAAGUUGGUCUGCGCCUUCUGUCUCCCAUGAUGCCCUUCGUCAGUGAAGAGCUCUACCAAAGGUUACCAAGACGGCGACCUCAGAGUGAUCCCCCCAGCAUCAGUGUCACAUCAUACCCUCAAACUGAGGAGGUGAGCUGAGUCAAAGGCUGAGGGUUGUGAAGAAACUCAUUGAUGUGCAGGGCCAGAACGUCUGACUUUGUACAUUCCUGUCCAGUUAAACUUCUAUAAUUUAAUCAGGAGGUAAUAAAAGUUUAUUUUUCGAGGGGUUAUGAUCUCUUUUUCUAAUUGAGCCAGUUUCUUUUUCUGUUUUUUUGCAGUUCUGCUGGAACAGUGCGGAGGUCGACCGCGACAUGGACUUUGUAAUGACUGUGGUGAAGACAAUCCGGUCCCUGAGGGCAGACUACAACCUAACCAAGACAAGAGCCGACUGUAAGAUGACUCAUCAUGAUCAAUUCCAUUUAAAUAUAAAAUUCACUGGUAGCCUCACCCCCAAUUUCCACCGCAUCCGGAACAGCUACGAUGUAAAAGGCCGCUGAUUGCAGCUGAUCGUAACCAUUAAUGUGUCAAUUUCCACCGCCUUCUUUCCGUUCUGCAGCUGAUCGAAAGAGUUCUAUUUUUCCUGGACACCGGAGCAUGCCAGAUAAAUUCAGCACAGAUUAGUCCGUGCUGUAAAGGAAGUCAGGCACAGACACAAAAUAAAACGUGCGGCUUCUUUUCAAAACUUAACGCUAUGUGUUUCAAGUGGAUCAUAUUUCACACCAUGCAAACAGGCGGGGACAAACAAGUGAAAGGGUUUAUAGACAGCAUUUCACCCUGCUGACACCAUGGAUGAGGAAAUGCUGUAUACACAAUAUACUGCUUAUAUGGUUAUGUGGCUGUCUCUAAUGAGACGAUUCGUUAUCGCGCAAUUGCAUGUGAAUCCGCCUGUUCUAAUGAGUUCUUGCCAUCUCCGCUGUCCGUAAUCUGCCUUGAAAUUUGCCUCACAAAUGGAUCCAGUGGGAAUUGGUGGACAGCGAAAAUCGCAGCCUUUCCAGAUCUGAGCUGUUCUGAAUGUGGUGGAAAUUGGGGGUCACAUUUCCUUUCCUAACUGAUAUCAUACUUCAAAGUAGCGAGAUACACAUGAAUCUACUAAAUAGGUUUCAGGUGUAUAGUAAGAUCAUUUCAGGUUACAAUACACUUAAAAACACUGACACUGGCUCAGCAGGAGGAUAGUACAUUCAUGUGUGACAGUUCUUAGUGUCUUGUAUAAGCACUCAGUUUUAACCACAGGCUGCCUUUCAUGUAUCUUGUCAAGAACUUUUCUUCUCUGAUUCCUCCACUUCUCUUUGCCCCCCUUUUCUCUCCCAGGCUAUCUCCAGUGUAUUGACUCGGCAACUGCGUCCCUGGUGCAGAAGUACAGUCUGCAGAUUCAGACCUUGUCUUAUUCUCAGGCUGUCAUCCCUCUGACAGCAAACCAGCCUGUCCCAGAGGGCUGUGCUGUAGCUAUCGCCUCUGACAGAUGUACUGUCAACCUUAUGCUCAAGGUGAGGACAGGGAGACUGUUCACUUUUUGUUCUUUUUCUCCAUCCCUACACAGCAGACCUGAAGCUUAAACACCAAGGUCUUAAAACUUAAAAACCUGAUCCCUGGGAUGAUGGUUUCUCAAAGUUGCUCACAGUAUUUUCAAUGUGUUCGAUUGGUUCACUUGUUUCCUGUGUUCUUAGAUUACAAAAGCCAAAUUUACAACCGCUGUCCCUGUUCAUUUCCCCUUGAAACCCCCCCAGGGUCUCAUUGAUGUCGAGAAGGAAAUGGCAAAGUUGACGACAAAAAGAGGUGACUUGGAGAAACAGAUGGAGAAACUCAAAGAGAAGAUGGCAAAGAGUGACUACAAGGAGAAAGUGCCAGUAAAGGUGCAGGAGCAGGAUGCAGAGAAGGUGUGAAAAAGAAAUUGACUCACAGGGUUUCUGAGAGUGUAAGAAGUGUUUUUUUUUUUCCUUUCGUUUUUGAAUAACUGCCUUCUUUUCUCCACAGCUACGGCAGAGCCAAACAGAACUUGAGAAAGUGAAAGAGGCCAUGGAAAACUUCAGGAAAAUGAUGUAA